AGUUCUGCUGCUGUUCGCGGGUUGACAGGCAUCUGCAGCGACAAUGGAGGAAGACAUGGAGGUGGAAAGCACCUCUAAGGCACCAGUAGGUCCACAAAAAACUGCAAGUGAUACCGGUGAAACUUCAAGUAAAAGCUGCAGUGCCUACGAACUUCCUUGGGUGGAGAAAUACCGACCUCUGAAGCUUAACGAGAUCGUGGGGAACGAGGAGACCGUCAGUAGGCUGGAGGUGUUCGCCCAGGAGGGCAACGUUCCAAACAUCAUCAUUGCAGGACCCCCGGGGACUGGAAAGACCACCAGCAUCUUGUGUCUGGCUCGAGCUCUGCUGGGAGCCUCAAUGAAAGAUGCGGUUCUGGAGCUCAACGCCUCAAAUGACAGAGGAAUUGAUGUGGUGAGGAACAAGAUCAAGAUGUUCGCUCAACAGAAGGUCACACUCCCUAAAGGAAGGCACAAGAUCAUCAUCCUGGAUGAGGCUGACAGUAUGACAGAUGGAGCCCAGCAGGCUCUGAGAAGAAUCAUGGAGAUCUACUCAAAAACCACACGCUUUGCUCUUGCCUGUAACGCCUCCGACAAAAUCAUCGAGCCAAUCCAGUCGCGCUGUGCCGUGCUGCGUUACUCAAAGCUGACCGACGGACAAAUUCUGGCCCGGCUCCAGGAAGUGGUGGAGCAGGAGCGGCUGGCUGUUUCCGAUGACGGGCUGGAGGCUGUCAUCUUCACGGCUCAGGGGGACAUGAGACAGGCGCUGAACAACCUGCAGUCCACCAAUUCUGGUUUCGGCUACAUCAACAGCGAGAAUGUCUUCAAAGUGUGCGACGAGCCGCACCCUCUGCUGGUGAAAAGCAUGCUGGGACACUGUGUGGAGGGAAACAUCAACGAAGCCUACAGGGUGAUUGAGCAGCUUUGGGCGCUGGGUUACUCCCCGGAGGACAUCAUCGGAAACAUCUUCAGGGUCUGCAAGACUUACCAGAUGGCAGAGUACCUGAAGCUAGAGUUCAUUAAGGAGAUCGGUUACACGCACAUGCGGGUGUGUGAGGGUGUGAACUCCCUGCUGCAGAUGGCAGGAUUACUGGGUCGACUCUGCAGUAAAUCCAUCCCCCCAGCAUCUUGAGUCUCCUCACGAAAGCUACUGUUUUGAUUUAGUUUCCACCAGAUCAAAACAUUGUAACAUUUGUAAUAAUA